UCCAGUCGCCCAUUGCCCCUCAGCAUCCCCCAGUCCAGCCAGCCCUUCACGUACUUCAGGUUCCCGGCCACGCCGCAGUCCAGCCAGCCCGUCCCGUACCGCAGCGCUCCUGCCAUCCCCCGCUCCAGCCAGCUCUUCCCUUACAGUCCGCUCCAGCCCAGCCAGCCCUUCCCGUCCCGUGCCCCCCCAUGCCUCCCGCAGUCCAGCAAACCCUUCCCGUACCGCAGCCCCCCCCGCCUGCUUCCCAGGGACACCGACCCCUUCCCGUACUAUUUCCCCCCGUACGGCCCCUGCUGUGCCCCGCUGGGGGUCCCCCAGUCCAGCCGGCCCUUUCCCUACUGCCCCCAUCCCCACAUCGCCAAAGCCACUGAGCCCUUCCCCUGCUCCGUGGCCCCCGAGCCCAGCAGAUCCUUCCCCUCUUACGCCCCCCUCCACAUCCCCCAGUCCAGCAAGCCCUUCACUGGCAGCACCCCCCAACCGGGGGACCCCUUCCUGCAUUACACGUCCCCGUGCCCCCCGCAGUCACCGGAGCCCCAUCCUCACCAUCCCCUCCAGCACCGGGGCUCCCCACCCCCUCGCUUGCACGUCUGGGGGGUCCCCUCCCCACCCCAGCACCCUGCUACCCCCUAAGGGGGGGUCCUGUGCUCCCCACCUCUCCAGCCGGCCCGUGGGACCCUGCGCCCAUGGAGGAGGCUCCGGUGGCGGAGCUGGAUGCGGUGCUGGAUGGCGGCGGGUGGGAAGUGGGGAGCAGCUUCGAGGAUCCCCCCCAGCCCACCAGCCCCAUCCGCCUGGGGAAGAAUGUCUGCUACGUGGUCCUGGCUGUGCUCUUCAAUGAAGAGGACCGGGUGCUGCUGGUGCAGGAGGCCAAGCCUGAGUGCCAUGGGAAGUGGUACCUGCCUGCGGGCAGGAUGGAGCCUGGCGAGAGCAUCGUGGCUGCCAUGAGGAGGGAGGUGAAGGAGGAGUCGGGGCUGGAGUGUGAACCCCUCACCCUGCUGGCACUGGAGGAGCGGGGCCCGGCCUGGAUCCGCUUUGUCUUCCUUGCACGUCCCACUGGGGGGGCCCUGAAGACCGAGGCCGAGGCCGAUGCUGAGUCGCUUCAAGCCGCGUGGUGGGCGGGGGACCCGCGCGCGCUCCCUCUGCGCGCCCCCGACAUCCUGCCCCUGCUGGAGCUCGCUGCGCGCUACCGCCGCUGCCCCGCGCACCCGCCCACGCUCCCGCGGGAGCUGCCGUGCCCGCGGCUCUGCCUCCGGCUCCUGCUCGCGUGCCCCGGGUCCGACGGGCACCUGUGGGUGCUGCUGCCGACGGCCGGACCCCCCCGCCUGCCCCUGCUGCCCUGCGGCGCGGCCCCGGCCGGCCUGCGCGUGCCCGUGCUGCGCCUGCUGCGGGGCUGCCUCGGGCCCGCGCCCCCCCCCGGCCCCAUGGGGCUGCUGGGGCUGCAGCACCGCGCGGGGGGCGCGGGGGGGGCCGAUGGUGUCUGCUUCAAUGUGGUGCUGAGCAUCGGGACCCGCAGCCCCGGUGCGGAGCCCCCCGAGCCCCCCGGCCCCGGCUUCCGCUGGUGGCACGUGGAGGAGCAGAGCCUCAAGGGCCGCAUCCUGCAGCGGCUCCGCACCGCGGUGCCCGUGCGCAGCUGAGCCCCGGCAAUGGGGUCCUGGUGUGGGGCAGGACGCGGUGCUGUGCCCUGGGCUUGGGGUGCUGAGCGCCACCCACAGCACAAAUAAACCCGGCUGCUGCUGCUGCUUGCA